AUGCUUCCCAGACUUCUCCUGCGCCCACCAGCAAGGGGCAUACAUACCACUGCCCACACAUUCUACUCUCCCACCCCGGCUUUCCUCCGCGACCACCUCGCUAGCCACCCCGCACCUCCCGACUCGACCUCUGUCUUUCUCCUCUCCACCUCUCUGCCCGACCUCCCCGCCCAUCUCGCAGCUGUCCAAGGCAUAUCACCGCAGUCGAUAGGAUCAUUCUGUGUCUCUCCGCCAGGGUCAGAGCCUGCCCUGUCCCUUGCAACCUUCUGGGAUGCCGACAUCACACUAUUCAAAUCGGAGCUCUCUGGCCGCGCACCGGCAGAAGUAGGCCGGUUUCAGAGACCAGAGCGCCAGCGCGAGACCAGGUCCGAAGAUCUCAGAGGUAGCACGCAGAGUGAUGUCGAGGGGACUUUCGGUCAGGGCUGGGAGAGUAUAUGGAAAGGGGAGAACAAUGUGGAGAAGAUUGCAGGUUUGGAAGGCGUGCAGGCGGAUAGUUUCUUGCUGCUCAGCGAUUCUCGGCCUGCACCUGUGCUGAGUGCUCUGGAUAGCAUGUUCCCAGCCGCUGCCAAAACGGGCCUGCUCACUGCGCCUACACCAUUCAUCACGAACCGUCCCCAUACUCUCUUGUACAACAAGGAGAUCCUCCAGUCGGGCACGAUUGGUCUAGCUAUCAACAGCAAUCCUACCACCAAGACAGACUUUGGGCUGUCUGCCAUGGUAGAACCCGUCACCAUCACUUCCGCCCGCGGCAACAUGCUCCUUGCUAUCGACGGCAUCAAUAGCAACCCUACGCAACUCCUCAUCAGCGCUAUCCAGCAGCGAGGUGGGACUGGUCUCACGAAAGAGGAAGAAUUCUUCCUGGGCUUCCUCGAAGGGGGCAAAGUGAAGAGGGUGACGCGCAUUGUCAGUGGAGAUCCCGGAAGAGGCGCCAUGUCGCUUGAUACGGAAGAGCCGUUGCUGGAAGGGCAGACCGUGCAAUUCAUGCACCGCUCCGCCAUACUCUUCCCCCAACCACUCGCCCGUUCCAUCACGUUCACCUCACUCCCCCCAGCUGACCAAAUUGGAGACCACCCGAUAGGCACCCCCCGGGUGUCAGAAGGAUUCCUCGCCUCGAGCGAGGAGGGGUUCAUCUAUUCCAACCCGCAGUCAUGGGUCUGUACAGCUCCUGGCGCUGUCACCACCGCGUCUUGGUACAAGGCAUGGUGA